CCGAGACCCCUCGUUACGACGAACAGACGGUGAAGCGACUUACCGUUCCCUCAGACUAGUCGGUGUAACGACGUGGAAUGACAACCUGAGAAAGUCAGGGUGAAGGAUCAGACAGCGUAGAUGAGUAAUUCACAACAAUUAGUCAGCAAAUUGAGUCGAUUUGUAUCCCAUCAUAUUUAUAGUUACCUAUUCACAAAAUAUAAGCAUUUGCCUUCAAGUAGCCCACAGACUGCGGUCUAAAUUCAAACCUAACAUACAAGAUUGAUGAUCGUCGGUUUAUCAUUUCACGGUAGAUUGUCCAACAGUAUUAUCGGCACCGAAGUGCACUGAAUUUCCUUGUAGCUGCUUGAUAGCAACUGACAAGACGGUGUUUCUUUCGUGAAACGGGAACAAUCUACAAGGAAAUUCAUCCUAAGUUGGAUGAACGGUUGUAGCCCGUAGGACGAUUCUGCUACGAAUUCGAGAACCGUGGAGGUCAGAGAGACGAUUCGCCAUCGAAGACAGCUUUCGUCGUAGUACGCCGAGCGUGGCGAAGCAAAUCAACCGUUGGACACAACAACCGAAUGCGGCCAGGGGCGGAUUACGGAGAGCAGCUAAGUGCAGUAGAUUUAGUGUGUAUCUUUCGUUACCGCACCCAUCCGGUUGCGGAUCGCUCUACUAGUAGAUAAGUCAAUCAUAGUCAGAGUUAGAGUUAGUUCUGUCCCGCGGUCGCGAUGUCCGAGAAAAAUGUCAACGUUUCGACUCCGGGCGGUGAUAAGCAGUGUAAGAUGUGCGAUCGCGGUGAUAUCGAUGACAAUAUGGUGUGUUGUGAUAUUUGUGAAGGGUGGAUACAUUUCCAGUGUGCUGGUGUUACCGAUUCCAUCGGAGAACCCGAUAGGAGUUGGAAAUGCAGUGCUUGUUUAGCCGACUGGAACGGUUCCUCGAAGUCUGAGGUCUCGUUCAACGACUCGUCGGUUAGCAAGAGUAGUCGAGUUUCGCAGAGACUACAGCUCAGCCUUCAACUACUGGAAGAGCAACAGAAGCUAAAGAAGAAACGCGCUGCAGAGGAGUUAAAAAUCCGUAGAAUGGAAGAAGAGGCCAAGCUGAAGGCGAUGGACGACGAACAGGAGUUCUUAAAGCAGAAGUACGAGCUGCUGAUGCAGAUCGGCGAGGAGAAGGAGUCUUCGAGCAGGAAAAGCGGCGUCAGCGUGAGAAGCAAGCGGGUUCAGCUGGAGAAGUGGCUAAAUAAGGGCUCCUCUGCAGAUGGAGUAGUUCCCCCGAGACCAUCAACGACUCAAGCGGGUUCGGUUUUCCCAUUACCCAUAGCCAGUGAGGUUGAAACCGGAGCAAAAGCAGCACCUACAUGCUCGAUCUCCAACACGAAGAAGUCGGCCGUUCCGCUCAACCAGGGAAUGUUGUAUGCGGAUCCGACAAUUCCAGUUCAGGGUGGUAGUGUGACAGCUUUGGCGCAAUCCUACGAACUACUAGCGACAACAGCAGUACCAGGAAGCGCAUCGUGUAACCCAACCACGCAUUCUGCAGUUCCAGAUAUAACGGUAUCAGCGGCUGCUGGGACUGUAUCAUCGUUAGCCCAAGCAGUUCCAGCAAGUACUUCACCAGCAGAUACGGUGAGCAGGAGAGCGGAGAAAAUGAGCGCGACCCAGCAUAUUACUUCCGGUACAGUACCGGUCUAUUCGUAUCCAGGAGUGAUUAGUAUGUCUUCGGCAGCAACCGUACCGAUGUCGGCCAACCCUCAUAUUUUCCACCGUACCUACGGAAAUCAUCUACAGUAUCCAGUUCCAACAACGAGUAAUCCUCCAUCACGAUUGCCCUGUUUCAUUCCAACAAAUCCAGUGUCACUACCGGUGGAAAAUCAACCAGUUUUGCAAAGUACAAGUUCUUUCCAGUAUCCCGCUGUUCCAGAAGCUACAUUGGCGCGGGGCCAAUCCUUAUGGUAUCCGGCAAACCCGGAAGUCGCAGCGUGUACAAGUUCGUCGUUCCACCCAAUUCCAUCUGUGGUUGAUGCGUCCUUCGGUAUUCAGGCCAACCCACGAGUUUUCCAUGGGAGUCAUGCGUCGGUUCCACAUCCGGUGAUAACAGAGGCGAUGGGGACCGGUUAUACGAGGAACAAUCCACCACUACAUUCAGUAGGACCAACAAGCGCUCAGUUAGCGGCACGACAAGUUAUGCCGCGUGAAUUGCCGAAGUUCAGUGGCGACCCCCAAGAGUGGCCGAUGUUCUACAGCUCCUUCACGAACACUACGGAAGUAUGCGGUUACACGGACGCCGAAAAUCUGGCCAGGCUGCAGCGCAGCUUAGGGGGUUCAGCACUGGAAGCAGUUCGCAGCCGUCUCCUGCUGCCUGCUUCCGUUCCAUUCGUAAUGAACACCCUGCAUAAGUUAUAUGGGCGCCCAGAAAUACUCAUAAACUCUCUACUGAAGAAAGUCAGAAAUGUUCCUUCUCCAAAAUCGGACAAUCUCAAUUCCAUCGUUGCAUACGGGUUGGCGAUACAAAAUCUCGUCGAUCACAUCAUUCUUGCAGAUCAACAAGCGCACCUAGCAAAUCCAAUGCUGCUGCAGGAGUUGAUAGAGAAGCUUCCAACGUCCUUGAAAAUGCAGUGGGGCACGUACAAACAGCAGUGCGUGAACGUCAACUUGGCGACGUUCAACAGCUUUAUGUCGGGUUUAGUGAACCUGGUAUCCGAGCUUAGUAUCGAUGUGGAUUCAGCGCAAAAUCACCAGAAGCAUAAUCGAACCGAUAAACCGAAGCAGAAGGAGAAACUUUUCACCCACAUGGGCGAGUCAUCAAGUGCAACAACGAAGGAGAGCACAUGUGGGGAAUCUUCGUCGAAAGCCUGUUCAUACUGCGAUAAGGAUGGUCAUCAGAUCCUGAAUUGCUCGGGAUUCAAGGCUUUGGACAUUGGAGGACGCUGGAAGGCUGUUCGGCAGAAAAAUCUCUGCCGAUUGUGUUUGAUUCCGCAUCGGAAGUGGCCCUGCCGAUCGAAGAAAGAAUGCAAUGUGGAAGGAUGCCGCAUUAGGCAUCAUACGCUACUGCACAGUGUCCACAGUCAGAAUGCCGACAGUCGAAGUACGAACAUUGCAGUCCACCAAAACCACCACGGGACUAAAUCCUAUACGCUAUUCCGUUACCUUCCAGUAACAUUGUAUGGUAACGGGAAACAGGUAGAGACUUUCGUAUUCUUGGAUGACGGGUCAUCGUCAACGUUGCUCGAAGCAGAAAUUGCGACACAGCUAGGUAUCGAGGGCGAACCAGACAGCCUUUGGCUGAGUUGGACCGGAAAGAUCGGUCGUCACGAGAAGGCCUCUAGGCGAAUAAGCGUUAAGAUUUCUGGAGCCAAUAAGGAGGAAAAAUAUCUACUAAACGACGUUCGGACGGUGCAAGAACUAGGACUUCCAAAUCAAACGUUGGACUACAAGGAAUUAGUGAAGGCCUUCCCCCAUUUGCAGGGGCUUCCCGUGAACAGUUACGUCAACGCCAAGCCAGGCAUGAUUAUUGGAAUCGAACACGUACGGAUGAUAACCAGUUUAAGAAUUCGGGAAGGAGGCAACAAUGACCCAGUUGCCGCAAAAACCCGAUUAGGUUGGUGCGUGUACGGGAGAAACUCCACGAAUGAGGAAUCGGUGGAACAGUUACACGUCCAUGUAGCCGAGAGCAUAAGCAAUACCGAACUGCACGAUUCUAUGCGAAAAUUUUUCGCGGUCGAAGAAGCCGUUGUUACGCAGCAAAUAGAAUCCGACGAGGACAAACGGGCACGAAGUAUUCUAGAAACGACUACGGUGCGAAGGGAAGGUCGGAUGGAAGUUGGUCUGCUAUGGCGUAAAGACGACGUUCGCUUUCCAGACAGCUAUCAAAUGGCUUUGAGCAGACUGAGGGGACUGGAGAAACGUUUGGCAAAGGAUGCGGUGCUACGGAAUAAAGUUAACGAGCAACUCGAGAGCUUUGUGCAGAAACAGUAUGUCCGUGUAUUAUCCCCGGAAGAAUUGGAAAGCACAGAUCCUUUCCGAAGAUGGUAUCUCCCUCUUGGAAUAGUUACGAAUCCCAAGAAACCAAGCAAAAUUAGAAUGGUGUGGGAUGCAGCCGCAAAGGUCGGAGGAGUAUGCUUCAACGAUAUGUUGCUUAAAGGACCAGAUCUUCUUGUUCCGCUCGUAGAUGUGCUUCUACGGUUCAGAGAAGGCAAGAUAGCCGUCUGCUCUGACAUCCGCGAAAUGUUUUUGAGAAUACUCAUACGGGAAGAAGACAGUCGUUCGCAGUGUUUCCUGUGGCGUAAUAACCCGGACAAAGAUGUACAGGUAUAUGUUAUCAACGUGGCUAUGUUUGGAGCAACCAGCUCUCCUUGCACGGCACAAUAUGCGAAGAACAGAAAUGCCUUUGACUUCGCCGAAAAAUAUCCCAGAGCAGUGAACGCGAUCGUUAAAGGACACUACGUGGACGACUUCUUGGACAGUGUCAAUACCGUGGAUGAAGCAGUUCAAUUAGUCACGGAAGUUCAGAACAUCCAUGCAUCCGCCGGAUUUCAAUUCGGAAAGAUUCUGUCAAACUCAUCGGAAGUUCUAAAUCGUCUGGGAGAGACCAGUCCGUCAACCAUCAAGUCGCUGAACCUCGAUAAAGAUACAGUCUACGAACGCGUAUUGGGAGUGGUGUGGAUUCCAUCUGCCGACCAUUUCACCUUUGAUCGGACAGGACUUCAGGAAGUUUUGGGAAGCAAUCCGGCGGCACCUACCAAAAGGCAAGUACUCCGAACAGUAAUGAAGCUGUAUGAUCCCUUGGGCUUUGUCGCGCACUUUGUUGUACAUGGCAAAAUUUUAAUGCAGGAGAUCUGGCGGUCGGGGACAAAUUGGGAUGAACCUAUAGCAGAACAUCUACGAGAACUGUGGAUUAAAUGGAUUAAACUUUAUGAAACCAUCAAUGAAGUAGCAAUUCCUCGCUGUUUUUUCGGAGAACUUCAACCCCAAGACGUAGAUGAAAUUGAACUUCACGUGUUCACGGACGCCAGCAUAGCGGCGUGUGCAUGCGUAGCUUAUGUGAGAAUGGCGCACAACGGAGGUAACUGGUGUGCAUUGGUAGCUGCAAAAACCAAAGUAGCGCCCCUUCGGACACUUUCAGUCCCUAGACUGGAACUCCAAGCUGCCAUGAUGGGAGCGCGUCUGCUGCAACACAUCUGUACGGCUCUCACUCUCAAUAUUCGAAAGCGAUACUUGUGGACUGACUCAUCUACAGUUUUGGCGUGGAUUCGGUCAGACGGUCGGCGAUAUCACCAGUUUGUCUCUUUCCGUGUUGGCGAAAUUCUCUCGCUCACUAGCGUUGACGAAUGGAACUAG